AUGGCGAAGCGAAGGGUCGUGAAAUCAUCAAACGGUAGUAGGUACGAGUUGCGACACGCAGCCGACUGCUGGUACUUCCGGUCUCAAGCUCCAUGUCCUCGUCACCACGUGAGCGGCUCCAAGGACUUUACGUCGGUCUUCAAGAACGUUGAUCGAUGGGAAGCCUUGAUCGUCGAUGAGGGCCAGCAGCUCAAAAACGACGGCAGUCUCCUUUUCAAGAAGUUGAAUGAGCUCAACACUAUCCAUCGCAUAAUCAUGACAGGGACUCCUCUGAACAACAACAUGCACCAAUGGAACGAUCUUACUGCGCUCGAGGAAUACGAUCAAGAAAACCUAAACGAAGAAUCGGUGAAGGCCCUACAUGAGAGGUUACGUCCGUAUUUCCUGAGACGGGUCAAGGCCGAGGUGUUGAAGCUGCCGCCUAAGAACGAGGUCAUCGUUCCGUUGUCCCUCACUCCUUUACAGAAAGGGCUGUACAAAUCCGUACUCAGCAAGAACGCAAUAAUAUCAUCUCACGACGGGAAUACGAAGCAGCCCGAUCGCCAGAAGGGCAUGGACGAGUUCAACCGUCCGAACUCUGAUGUAUUCAUCUACCUCCUCUCUACACGGGCUGGUGGCGUCGGAAUCAAUCUCUGGAGUGCGGAUACUGAUCUUCAAGCUAUCGCACGGUCUCAUCGAUACGGACAAACGAAACCAUGCCUCGUCUUCAAGUUGAUGGCCAAGGACAUAGCUGAAGAGCGAAUCGUUCAGAAUGGCAAGAAAAAGCUCAUACUCGACCACGUUAUUGUGCAGAAGAUGGACGACAAGGAAACCGGCGAAGACGUCUCUUCCAUCUUAACCCACGGCGCUGAAGCUCUUUUCGAAGAAGGGGAGGGAGCCAAAGACAUAACGUGUACGCCUACACGAAUUAUAUGUAUAGAUUACGAAAAUGAUGUCGAUAACCUGAUCACCACGACCGAGAGCGAAAUCACUCAGGAGGAGCAGGUUUCAUCGGCUAUGACCUUCUCGUUCGCGAAGGUCUAG